AUGGAACCCAUCACUUCACUAAUUGAAGAAGACGAAGAUGACGAAUCUGAAAUGGAAGCCAUCGCACUCUCCACCCCGCCAAUGAUCCUCGAACUUCCCGAUUCCAGUACCCAAGAACAACAACAUAGCAGGAACAACUCAUUAUCAACGAAAUCUCAAUCCUUGACCCAAUUCGUCGCGUCAAUCAAACUCAAAUCUCGAGCCGUCACGCGGGCCUUGGAGAAGAAAUUGCUGAGACGAUGCGACUGUACAGGCGAAGGCCGAUCUUCCCGCGGCAGCGGCGCAAGGAUUUACCAAGUUUGGCCUGGAAACAACGUGUUUUUCUUUCACGGAAGGCUCAUCUUUGGUCCAGAUCCAAAAGGGUUGCUUUUGACGAUGUUUUCAAUCGUAAUCUCGAGUUGGGUUUCCGCCAUUUAUAACAUUGACGAUGAUUCCUUGCCCCAUUCCCUUGUCACAAGACUCUUCUCACUCCUUCUAGCACUAAUUGUUCUUGUGAACUUGUUUCUAGCCAGUGCAUUCGAUCCUGGAAUCAUCCCUAGAAGCAACCAACCUCCCCUGCCUUUCAACGAAACCGAUUCGAGCAACAUCACCAGAACUAGUACAGAAAACAGAGUAGUGACUGUCAACGGGGUGGAAUUGAAGCUAAACUACUGCCGAAUCUGCAAGAUUUACAGGCCUCCAAGGAGCUGCCACUGCGACAUCUGCGGCAAUUGCGUUGAGAAAUUCGACCACCAUUGCCCCUGGAUCGGUCAAUGUGUUGCAUUGAGGAAUUAUAGACGUUUCUUAGCGUUUAUCUUCUCUGCAUUGGUUUUCUUCGUCUACGUAUUUGCAAUCUCCUGCUGGAGAAUCCAUGGAAGGAUGGUGGCGCGGCAGUCUGGUUUCAUGGAGAUGGUGAAGGACUGCCCUGAGACGUUGGCGCUCUUGGCUUUCAGUUUUGCUGCAAUUUGGUUCUUGGGCAGCCUGGUUGGAUUUCAUUUAUACCUGAUUGCAGUGAAUCAGACCGCUUAUGAGAAUUUCCGCCAGAGCUACAAGAGUUCUAUGAAUCCCUACGAUAGAGGGAUUCUUAGUAAUGUGAAGGAGGCUUUGUUUGCGCCUAUCUCUCCUUCGGCUGUCGACUUCCAUACUCAAGUAUCUCAAGAAUCAGUUUAA